GUGAGGGCGGGUGCUCUUGACUGUCAGGGUAGGUUGAGAAAGUGUGGGGAGUUUGAUGGGGAGAGUGAGGAGAGAGGAGCGGCCGCUGCCAGGUGUUUGAGUGUUGUGUGUCCCUUCCCUACAUGUGAAAAUGACUCGGUUAGGAUUCUUGCGGCUGUCCUAUGAGAAACAGGACACUCUUCUCAAACUCCUCAUCCUGUCCAUGGCCGCAAUUCUCUCUUUUUCCACCAGGCUGUUCUCCGUCUUGAGAUUUGAAAGUGUCAUCCAUGAGUUUGAUCCGUAUUUCAACUAUCGGACCACUAGAUUCCUGGCAGAAGAAGGGUUUUAUAAGUUCCAUAACUGGUUCGAUGACCGCGCCUGGUAUCCAUUGGGAAGAAUUAUAGGUGGAACCAUCUAUCCAGGUUUGAUGAUCACAUCAGCAGCGUUCUACCAUAUUCUGCAUUUUUUUCAUGUCACCAUCGACAUCAGAAAUGUAUGCGUAUUCCUUGCUCCUCUCUUUUCCUCCUUCACCACUAUUGUCACUUACCACCUGACCAAAGAGCUGAAAGAUGCUGGAGCUGGGCUGUUAGCCGCUGCAAUGAUUGCAGUUGUUCCAGGAUACAUCUCCCGUUCUGUGGCUGGAUCAUAUGAUAACGAAGGUAUUGCCAUCUUCUGUAUGCUGCUCACAUAUUACAUGUGGAUCAAGGCAGUGAAGACGGGCUCCAUCUACUGGGCGGCAAUGUGCGCUCUUGCCUAUUUUUACAUGGUGUCAUCCUGGGGAGGUUACGUCUUUCUGAUCAAUCUUAUUCCUCUUCAUGUCCUUGUCUUGAUGCUGACUGGACGCUUCUCUCAUCGUAUCUAUGUGGCUUAUUGCACAGUGUAUUGUUUAGGCACCAUCCUGUCCAUGCAGAUCUCCUUUGUGGGAUUCCAGCCUGUUCUGUCCUCUGAGCACAUGGCGGCCUUAGGAGUGUUUGGCCUGUGUCAGAUCCAUGCCUUUGUGGACUAUCUGCGGAGUAAGCUAAAUCCCCAGCAGUUUGAGAUUCUGUUCAGGAGCGUUAUCUCCUUGGUGGGCUUUCUCCUGCUCACUGUGGGAGCUGUGCUUAUGCUGACAGGUAAAAUCUCCCCAUGGACUGGUCGUUUCUAUUCCCUCCUGGAUCCUUCCUAUGCCAAAAACAACAUUCCUAUCAUUGCGUCCGUUUCUGAACAUCAGCCGACCACCUGGUCUUCCUACUACUUUGAUCUGCAGCUCCUUGUCUUCAUGUUCCCAGUGGGUCUCUAUUACUGCUUCAGCAACCUGUCUGAUGCCAGAAUAUUCAUCAUCAUGUACGGAGUCACCAGCAUGUACUUCUCUGCCGUCAUGGUGCGUCUGAUGCUGGUCUUGGCUCCAGUUAUGUGCAUUCUGUCUGGUAUUGGGGUAUCUCAGGUACUGACCACAUACAUGAAGAACCUUGAUAUAAGCCGUCCAGAUAAGAAGUCAAAGAAGCAACAGGAUUCCACCUACCCAAUUAAAAAUGAGGUCGCCAGUGGGAUGAUUAUGGUCAUGGCUUUCUUCCUGGUCACUUACACAUUCCAUUCCACCUGGGUCACCAGUGAAGCAUAUUCCUCACCCUCCAUUGUGCUUUCUGCCCGUGGUGGAGACGGAAGCCGUAUUAUCUUUGAUGAUUUCAGAGAGGCUUAUUACUGGCUGAGGCACAACACCCCUGAGGAUGCCAAGGUGAUGUCGUGGUGGGAUUAUGGAUACCAGAUAACGGCCAUGGCCAACAGAACGAUCCUAGUGGACAACAACACCUGGAAUAACACGCACAUAUCCAGAGUGGGCCAGGCUAUGGCGUCCACUGAGGAAAAAGCCUAUGAGAUUAUGAGAGAGCUGGAUGUCAGUUAUGUUCUUGUUAUAUUUGGAGGCCUGACCGGAUAUUCAUCAGAUGAUAUUAACAAGUUUCUGUGGAUGGUGAGAAUUGGUGGCAGCACAGAUACUGGGAAACACAUAAAAGAACACGAUUACUACACCCCCACAGGGGAGUUCCGUGUGGACAGAGAAGGCUCCCCAGUUCUUCUCAAUUGCCUUAUGUAUAAGAUGUGCUACUACCGAUUUGGACAAGUUUACACAGAAGCCAAGCGACCUCCCGGUUACGACCGCGUGAGAAAUGCUGAAAUUGGAAACAAAGACUUUGAGCUUGAUGUCCUGGAGGAAGCCUACACCACCGAGCACUGGCUGGUCAGAAUAUACAAAGUGAAAGACCUUGAUAACCGGGGAUUGUCACGGACAUAACGAUGCCUUCAGCUUUAAAACAAACAGCACUGAAAGAACCCUCGCCUGUGAACCAGAUUUUUAUACUGUUUCUAUUGACGGGAAGAAUGGAACUUUAUAGGCCGUAGAACUUGCACUGUUCGCUGCCCAUAACUGGGUUGCAAUGCUUUUUAUCAAUACGAAUGUGUUACCAAAUGAUGAUUGAAAUUUUCGUUUUGACUUCACAGUGUGGCCAAAUAAAGUUGGGGAUACAAAG